GUCCUUCAACCGGUCCCUUGGCCAGCUCGUCAUCCACCACCACCCGCUCUAACUUUUUUCCCUCAGCUUUGCACAAUUUGCGUGUAGGCCACCCGUAAAGUUAGAUCCGUCUCUCCUUGCACACCAACCAAGAUGACUUCCAAGACUACCGUCACCCAGAAAUUCUUCGUCGAUUUCAAGAAGCCCGCCAGCGAUGGUGUCUUCGACGGCCCUGCUUUCGAGAAGUUCCUCCACGAUCGAAUCAAGGUUGAGGGUCGUGCCGGUCAACUCGGUGACAAAAUCAAGAUUCAAUCAGAGGGUGUCCACAAGCUCUCGGUAUCUUCGACGAUCCCAUUCUCCAAACGUUACCUGAAAUACUUAACCAAAAAGUUUCUCAAGAAACAUCAAAUCCGAAACUACAUUCGUGUGAUUGCCUCGAGCAAGAACACUUAUGAGCUCAGAUACUUCUUGGUUGAUGAGCCAGACGCAGAGGAGGACGACGAUGCAUAAAGUUACUAGUCCUAAUGACCAUUUGGCGGGCUAACCUGGAAGGCACUCCACACAAUGUCAUCAACGACAUUUACAUGUUUUGAGACUUUUCACGGCGUUUCCCGGUU